GGCUAGCGGAAGCUAAUUGGAAAUCAGCUCAAGUUUUAACGUUACUUAUUGCUAAAGCUUUCAAUAUCAGUGCUGAGGUUUUUAUACCCUCGGGAAAUGUAAAGUUACUAUUACAUAGAUAAUAAUGUUUAACAAUAUUCCAAACACACUAGGUCUACCAAGUUACGUUAAACGUGUGACCUCGGCUGAUCAAACGUGGCCGCCUUCCCUAACUGCGACAUUUCUCUCUGACCACGGGAACUUGGCCCAGGUCCGGCAUGUUGUGUUGGUCCUGUCAGGGAAGGGUGGUGUCGGGAAGAGCACCAUCACCACAGAGUUAGCACUGGCUCUCAGGCACGCAGGCAAAAAGGUUGGCAUCCUGGACGUUGACCUGUGUGGGCCUAGUAUCCCCCGCAUGCUGAGUGUGGGCCGGCCUGACGUGCACCAGUGUGACUCAGGAUGGGUGCCGGUCUACACUGAUGCGGAGAAGAGCCUCGCACUUAUGUCCAUCGGCUUCCUGCUGGAGGACCCAGAUGAAGCAGUGGUGUGGAGGGGGCCAAAGAAAACGGCUAUGAUUGCCCAGUUUGUGUCGGAUGUAGCAUGGGGAGAGCUGGAUGUGCUGCUGGUGGACACACCGCCAGGGACUUCUGACGAGCAUUUGGCUGUAUUGGAGAACCUUAAAAAACACAAAGUGGAUGGAGCCGUUUUGGUCACCACACCUCAGGCCGUAUCCACGGGGGAUGUGAGGAGAGAGAUCACCUUCUGUAAGAAGACAGGUGUUCAGAUCCUGGGCAUCAUCGAGAACAUGAGUGGAUUUGUUUGUCCACACUGCUCAGAGUGCAGCAAUAUAUUCUCAAAAGGUGGUGGUGAAGAGUUGGCCAAGCUGACUGGAUCAGUUUUCCUAGGUUGCGUGCCCUUGGAUCCUCUGCUCAGCACGUGUAUAGAGGAAGGCAAAGACUUCAUGCAGUCAUUUCCCGACAGCGCCACCUUCAGUGCCAUCAGCAGCAUUUCUCAGACUCUGCUCAACAGCCUCCAAACAUCUUGAGCCAUGAAAUGUAUUUGCUAAAAGUCUGUAUUUUGCUAACACACUAUUUUAGCACAGUCUCUGUAAAAAGUAGCCUAAUGUUUAAUGCAGACAUAUUAGUCAUUGUGCAGAUGUAAUGAUUUCUAUGUUGCAUUUUUGUCCUGUACAGUUGAACACUAUAAAAAUAUUAACGGAUUUAUCGUUUAUACCUUAAACAUAAAACCAUCUGCCAGCAGUACAAUGCAGGCUUUGUGUGCAGUUAUCUUCCAGUGCUGUAGGUGUAAUUCUUGAAGGGUUAACCAGUGAAGAUUACCAGCUCUUGCUGCAGAGUGAAACAGAAGACAUGAAUCCUGUAAAAAAAAAAAUAAAACUCUGCUAAUCUGUUAUGCAGCUAGACAAUUUUGUAAUAAAGAAAUGCCAAGUCAUGUCUCUAUAGAAGACUUGCAUGUCACAGUAAAAUAAAUGGUACUGUGUUUGAAAGCCA